AUGUUUUUUAUCAAGUGCAUCCUUCAAGCUGCUUGCGGUUUUUCUCUCUUGGGAGCCUGGAUAAUAUUGGCUUUGGUUAUGACGGGUUGCAAGUCCGAGACGAGCUCUCAUAUAUCCUUGUUCAACUUGUCAAGUCGUUCUGCCCAAGUUAACGUUGGAUACUUUUCUAUGUGUUUGAUCGGCGGAAAUAAUUCUGUCACGUGUAGUAGAUUUACAAACACAAGGAGCAUUCCUUCUUUCUCAAUGGCGGAUUUGCGGUCCAAGUUUCUUCUCCCUCAAGUCCAUCCAUGGAUGGUUGUGUUUUCAUUUUGUGUAUGCGGUGUCUGCUUUCUUUUGGCGGCUAUUGGUGCGAUCCCUUUUAUAGAUCGACUGCCUUAUUUGAGACUCAUUCGACUUUAUCUGUCGGUGUUCACUUUUUUAAGUAUCCUGGUUACUUCCCUCUUUGUGCACGUAUCUGUCUCUUCUUUUGUCAUGGCGAUUGAAGAUACAGAUGUUUAUCUUCAUGCUGCUGUAGGAAAGAAACUUGUCAUUCUAAUGUGGGUGUCCAUGGGUCUCCUUGCUAUAGCUUCUCUCAUUGAUGCCAUUUUCUACGUCGUGUCAACCAAAACAGAGAAUAUUCGCCAAGCACUAUUCGAGAAGAAGUUUACGUUAUCACGGUCAAGUACAGCUGUUUCCUCUAAUUCUUCGUCCAGUCUUAAAAAGUAA